GCAGAGGUUUCACUUGUCUUCAUUGCCUACCUAAAGGGAUUUCAGAGAAGUUAAGGUUCAGGUUUCAACUAGUCAGAAUGAGCUACUCAAAUUCAUCGAUGAGCUCUGGGAGUAGAGCAGCUAGAAGAACACCUGAAUUCGGAGGCACAUACGUUGUUAGGCCUAAAGGAAAACACCAGGCGACUAUACUUUGGUUACAUGGCCUUGGCGACAAUGGUUCAAGUUGGUCACAGAUGUUGGAGAGUCUCCCACUUCCAAAUGUAAGUCUUAAUACUCAUGGUCAACGAUAUGCUGCUAUCAAUGUUGAUAUCUACAACCUGAAAUGGAACUUUCCUGUGCAGAUAAAAUGGAUAUGUCCUACUGCUCCCACGCGCCAUGUGACCUCACUUGGUGGAUUCCCCUGCACUGCCUGGUUUGAUACGGGGGAACUUUCGGAUGAAGGACCUGAUGACAUAGAAGGUUUAGAUGCCUCAGCAGCACAUAUUGCUAAUCUGUUGUCUGCAGAACCUGCCAACAUUAAAGUUGCUGUUGGAGGCUUCAGUAUGGGGGCAGCAGCUGCACUCUACUCUGCAACUUGCUUUGCACAGGGAAAAUACGGAAAUGGAAGUCCUUUUCCUGUUAAUUUGAGAGCUGUUAUCGGGCUUAGUGGUUGGCUUCCUGGUGCCAGGAGUCUGAGAAACAAGAUUGAAGCAUCUGCUGAUGCUGCCAGGCGUGCUGCUUGGCUGCCAAUUUUUCUCUCUCAUGGCCUCUGUGAUGAUGUCGUACCUUACACACAUGGGGAGAGAUCCUACCGUGCUUUGAGCAUAGCUGGUUUCAGAAACCUUGUGUUUAACACAUAUGAAGAGAUGGGGCACUACACAAAUCCUAAAGAGAUGGAUGAUGUUUGCAACUGGUUAAGAAUGGUAUUUUAGAAUGCCAUAUCUAAGGGGUGCCAUUCACGGUCUCAACAAGCGGGAAACUAACUUAGCAGUAAUGCUAGGCUAAGGAAGGAGGGAGAGCAUGCAUACAUAAAUGGGACAAAGCAGAAACACAGAAGUUGCUGGGUCAUGGCUGACUUCUUUUCAGUACAGUCAAGAUGAAACAUAACUUACAUAUAUUAGAUAUUGGUUGCACCAUAGUCGAGAAGAGUAGUAUAUGAUAAUGAUGUAUUGGCGUGAGUAUUCUAUGUUAUAUUUUGUGAUUAAGUAUAGUAUAUUUUUCAUGCAAUAAAAGAUCAUUCAUUUUCCCA